GCAUGGGGCCAGCCACGUCCCCUAGCCCUGGGGAAGAAGGGGCACCAGGGCCCAUGCACCCCUCCUGACAGGCUCUGGCCCUUUUCCCAGCUGUCUGAGUGGUGGCUCAAGACUGCCUACCUCCAGUACCGCCAGCCUGUGGUCAUCUGCUCCAGCCCAGGUGUGAUGCUGCCCAAGCAGAACUUCGUGGACCUGCAGGGUCAGCUCCGAUUUGCUGCCAAACUCAUUGAGGGUGUGUUGGAUUUCAAGGUCAUGAUUGACAAUGAGACCCUGCCCGUGGAGUACCUGGGGGGAAAGCCCCUGUGCAUGAACCAGUACUAUCAGAUCCUGUCCUCCUGCCGAGUGCCGGGCCCCAAGCAGGACACGGUCAGCAACUUCAGCAAGACCAAGAAGCCUCCCACGCACAUCACGGUGGUACACAACUACCAGUUUUUUGAGCUGGACGUGUACCACAGUGACGGGACGCCCCUCACUGCGGAUCAGAUCUUCGUGCAGCUGGAGAAGAUCUGGAACUCAUCCCUACAGACCAACAAGGAGCCUGUGGGCAUCCUCACCUCCAACCACCGCAACUCCUGGGCCAAGGCAUACAACACCCUCAUCAAAGGUGCCUCUUGCGGGCCGUGCUGGGGCUGCACACCCAGGCCUCUUCCCCUGUUGGGGACCAGCCUCAACACCACCCAUAGGGUACCUGAAGUCUGGUGGCAACAAAGGAAUGAGAAGAGAUAGGUUAAGAGUUCAUAAAGGGGGCCGGGUGCAGUGGCUC